UUUUACUUCCGCCCAGCUCGUUCAGAAAUAUCACGGUGUGAGCAGGUAGUAAAAGUAUCAGUGCUCAGGUAAACACUGCGCUAUAACGUACAUCAAUAAACUGGGACUCAUCAUGUCUCUGCUCAGAUUUGGAAGCUUGUUGCUGCUGUUUGGAUGUUCACUCGGGGCACCUCGAUCGUUCAGCAUAGAUUACAAGAACGACUGCUUCCGGAAAGAUGGGGAAGAGUUUCGCUACAUAUCAGGAAGCAUCCACUACAGCAGGAUCCCCAGAGUCUACUGGAAGGAUCGGCUGCUUAAGAUGUACAUGGCAGGACUGAACGCCAUCCAGAUGUACAUCCCCUGGAGCUACCACGAGGAGUCUCCAGGCCGCUACAGUUUCGGUGGAGACAGGGAUUUGGAGCAUUUCCUUCAGGUGGCCCAUGACGUGGGUUUGCUGGUCAUCCUUCGGCCUGGACCCUACAUAUGUGCAGAGUGGGACAUGGGUGGGCUGCCUGCCUGGCUUCUCAACAAGAAAGACAUUGUGCUGCGGUCUUCUGAUCCAGACUACAUUACAGCAGUCGACAGGUGGAUGGGGAAGUUACUUCCAAUGAUGAAGCCUCUUCUCUACCAGAAUGGGGGUCCUAUCAUCAGUGUACAGGUGGAGAAUGAAUAUGGCAGUUAUUUCGCUUGUGACUACAACUACUUGCGUCACCUUUACAAGCUGUUCCGGUCUCACCUGGGCAACGACGUGGUGCUCUUCACCACAGAUGGACCUGGGAUCAGCUUCCUCAAGUGUGGCACGAUAAAAGAAGUCUACGCCACUGUGGACUUCGGGCCUGGUGGAGAUGUAACUGCUGCCUUUGAAGCACAGAGACAGGCUGAACCUCACGGACCACUGGUGAACUCUGAACUUUACACCGGCUGGCUGGACCACUGGGGGUUACCUCACUUUGUCCUGUCAUCUGCCAUAGUGGCCAAGGCCCUCGACAAGGUGCUGGCCACGGGAGCAAACGUCAACAUGUACAUGUUCAUAGGAGGAACUACCUUUGGAUACUGGAACGGAGCCAACGACCCAUACAGCCCGCAGCCCACGAGCUACGACUUCGACGCCCCGCUCACUGAAGCAGGAGACCUUACAGAGAAGUACUUUGCUAUUCGAGAGGUGAUCAAAAUGUACCGUAAGAUACCAGCGGGCCCGGUUCCUCCAACAACUCCAAAGUACGCGUACGGGACUGUUGUGAUGAAAAAGCUCCAGACAAUAUCAGACGCCUUACAGAAACUGUCGUUCUCCGGCCCCGUGAAAAGCGCAUAUCCUCUGACCUUCAUUGAACUGAACCAGGCCUUUGGUUUUGUGCUGUACAGGACUGCUCUGCCUGUUGACUGCAGCGCACCAACGCCACUGUCGUCGCCACUGAAUGGCGUCCAUGACAGAGCGUAUGUGUCAGUGAACGGGGUGGCUGUGGGCAUUCUUGAGAGAAACAAGGCCAUAACUGUCAAUGUGACGGGGAAAGCUGGCAGUCAGGUGGACAUACUGGUGGAGAGCAUGGGUCGAAUCAACUACGGACAUAACAUCAACGACUUCAAGGGCCUGGUGACCAACAUGACUCUAGGGAACGCCACUCUAAAAGGCUGGACCAUGUACAGUCUCAAUAUUGAUGAAGCGAUCCAUCGGGGCCUUCUGAGCGAGACAAAACCAACAGCUUCACCGCAGCCUGCCGCUCUCUCCCCUCCAACCUUCUAUGAGGGAAGCUUCAUUAUUCCUGACGGCAUCCCCGACCUCCCCCAGGACACCUACAUCCAGCUGCCCAAAUGGAGGAAGGGUCAAAUCUGGAUUAACGGCUUCAACCUGGGACGUUACUGGCCGAGUCGAGGCCCUCAGGUGACACUUUUCGUCCCUGCCAACAUCCUCAGCACAGCUGCGCCCAACAACGUGACUGUCCUGGAGCUAGAGAAGGCUCCCUGCAGCUCCGGGCCCUGCAGUGUGGUGUUCACUGCCACCCCGAUCCUGAACGCAACGGUCCACUCUGACCACAAACAGCCCAGGAGACUCUUCGUUAGAGACGAUUUCUAG